GAGGGCGAACGUCGGCCAAUGUUUACCUCAUUAACGCAGUUCCUCCGAGGCGACAAUGAGAGGAAGAAAGAACAACUUUACCGCCUGUUACAAAAUCAACAACCAGUAUUGUUUCAAGAUCUCCUCCAGGGAGAGAGCAUUGCAGCGACAGAGCUCCUGGACAUGACUCUGCAUGAGAUUAGUCAAAUCAUCGAUGAGCGCGAUGUGACUCCAGAAGUCGACCAAGUUCCUCGGCCAGAGGCUAGCGACGAGAUUAGGCAAUGCAACAACCUCAAUAUCAAGAGGCUCUCUCCAGACAAGUAUCAAGAACUUUGUCAACUGUGCAAAACAAGUGUUCCCAUUCUGCUGUUGGAAGGUGGACAAAGGCGCGCUCAAUCUAGAAAGUUGCCGGACGGUGUGCAGAUCAUGGUGUACAGGUAUCUGCGCAAGCACCUC